AUGAGCGCAGGUUCGAUUGAGCAAGAGCCGUCGCGCAAGCUGGCCUGCUGCGGGGUGCCCCUCAUCACUGAGGACAUGCAGUCCCUGGCCAUCCGCACCCUCUCGGGCACCGACAUCAGCAAGCACUACGACCUCAUCCGCGAGCUCGGCAAGGGCACCUAUGGCAAAGUGGACCUGGUGUCCCACAAAAGCACAGGCACCAAGAUGGCCCUGAAGUUCGUCAACAAGAGCAAGACGAAGCUGAAGAACUUCCUGCGGGAGUUCAGCAUCACCAACACGCUCUCCUCCAGCCCCUUCAUCAUCAAGGUCUUCGACGUGGUCUUUGAGACUGAGGACUGCUACGUGUUCGCUCAGGAGUAUGCCCCCGGCGGGGACCUCUUUGACAUCAUCCCGCCGCAGGUGGGGCUCCCCGAGGAGCUGGUGAAGCGCUGCGUGCAGCAGCUGGGCCUGGCCCUCGACUACAUGCACAGCAAGAGCCUGGUGCACCGGGACAUCAAACCGGAGAACGUCCUGCUCUUCGACCGCGACUGCCGCCGUGUCAAACUGGCUGACUUCGGCAUGACCCGCAAGGUGGGCUGCCGGUAUCUCAGAGAUGCAGUGAGCUUGCGGUGUGUCCAGGACAGUGAGGCGUACUCCAGUCACUGUGAAGUCUUUGCCAAUAAGCUGAUCAAGCAGUUCGACAUAAGGUCCUACAUCCAGACAUCUUUCUAA